AUGGGGAGUCCCCAUGUUGGCUGCCGGGGGGGCCCCCCGGGGGCCCCCGUGGGGGGCCCCCCGGUCCCUUUGAGAGUGGCUUCCCGUGGGGGCCUUUUAGAGGAGCAUCGUUGGGGCCAUUUAAGGGGCCCCUCUCAGCUGCUGCUGCUGCCUGCAGAGCAGCAGCAGCAGCAGCUGCUGCUGCUGCUGCUGCUGAGUCAGCAGCGGCACUUUCGGCACAUUCCCACUAGUGGGUUUCCGGGCUUUCUGGAAAAGAGAAAACUGAAAAAGAAAAAGAAAGAAGAACCCUCGAGCGAGCUGCAGCGGCUGCUGCUGAGGCGCGUCGAGGCUUUCUCCAAACCCGUGAUCGCUCCAAGUGACCCCCCCUUAGAAAUGGACAGCAGCCGCAUCCCCUCGGCGUUACAAGUUUCCAGCCCGCUGCUGCCGCCUCACUUGCUGCUGCCGUUUCAGCAGCAGCAGCAGCAGCAGCAGCAGCAGCAGCGGGAGGAGCAGCCUCAAGAGCUGCCUGCUGCUACCAGCCUGUGGGAUAGCGUUGCGCUGCAUCUCGGAGAUCUCUCCAAGUUGAAGUCCUGCGGCGCCGUAGUAGGCAUAGACAGGUCUCUGCGCAUUUAUGGGGAGGGCCGGGGCUUUAGAGGUUCUGCUGCACUCUUUUCAGCAGCAGGGCCUUGGCUGGAGGCUUUCCUGCAGCAGCAGCAGCAGCAGCAGCACGUGCCACUGCAGCAGGAGCAGCAGCAAGACGCAGCAGCUGCGGCAGCAGCUGUCGACUCUUUCCUCGCUACUGCGCGGCAGCUGCAUGCGUCGCUGCUUCCCCCCAAGCUUCAGCAGCAGUGGCCACUUUCUGCGUCUGCUGCAGCAGACACAGCAGCAGCAGCAGCAGCGGCUGCAGCAACAGGAGCAGCAGCGGCUGCGCGCAACGCCGCCGCUGCGCUGAAUAGCGCAAGCAGUGACCCCGUUGCAGCAGCAGCAGCAGCGGCAGCAGCAGCAGCAGAGAGGGAGCCCCUGCCGCCGCAGCAGCUGCUGCGCCCGGGGGCCCUCGUGGUGACCCCAGGGUUUGGGGCCCCCCAUUUGUUUCUGCUGCACUGCGUGGAGCCCAAUGCUGUUCUGACGCAGCAGCAGCUGCUGCAGCAGCUGCUGCAGCUGAUUGACUGCGACGUGGCGGAGGCGCGGCACCAGCGCAAAGAGCUGCAGCUGCAGCAGCAGCAGCAGCAGCAGGAGUUUGAGCAGCGAAGAAAAGAAAGGGCCCCCCGCCUCUACUUGCUGGAGUGCUGCUACCGCAGAGCACUUGCUGCUGCUGCUGCACUUCAGCUGCAGACAGUGACGCUGCCGCUGCUGGGCACGGGCGCGGGUGGCUACCCGCUGCAUGCUGCAGCCUACUGUGCUGCAGCAGCAGCACACCGCUGGCUGCAGCAGCAGCAGCAGCAGCAGCAGAGGCUCAAGAUCGUUUUUUGUACUCCCGAGAGAAACGAGUGGAAGGCGCUGGACGUCAACAUAAGGCGGCGCAUGCAGCUCUUCACACCCUCGUAA